GUCAAUCACUGGUCGGCGAUCUUUGAUGUUGGGAGUCCUCGCCUUGUUUCGAGCUCAAAUGCACUAUUUGUUGCUGCCGAGCAACAUUACUUUCAACUUGCAGGGCCGCUCCACAGCAGAGCAACUUUUGUUUUGUUUUAUACUUUGGCCGUAUCUAAGCGCAACAAUUUAGGGAGGUUUGGGUUAAUAGGAAGUUUCAUUUAUUUUUUUCAAAGGAGCACUCCGCUGAUUAGGGUAAUUUUCAAAGCAACAUGCCUCAGCUCAGUAGUGGCGGAGGAGAUGAUCAAGGAGCAAACGAUGAAAUGAUAUCCUUCAAGGAUGAAGGCGAACAAGAUGAGAAAAUUCAAGAAAACGCUUUCACAGAAAGGGACUUAGCUGACCUCAAGUCGUCUCUGGUGAAUGAAUCGGAGACAAAUCAAAGUUCGAACGCAGCGGCGGUCAGACGAAGUCAGCAAAACGAACAUAGAGGUUAUCAAGAGAAACACCGGGAGCAUCUCGACAGCGUGUCCAAACAUCAAGAUGGAGGGAUGUAUAAAACAGCGUAUCCAGGGUACCCGUUUCUCAUGCUGCCUGACCCAUACCUCCCCAACGGAUCCGUGUCCCCAUCUUCCAACAAAGUUUCAGUGGUCCAACAGUCUCACGGGAUGCACCCCCUGACGUCCCUGCUGCCCUACAGCAACGACCACUUCAACCCCAGCCCCCCUCACCUGCCCACAGACAUGAGUCAGAAAGGCGUUCACAGGCCCCAGUCCCAGGACAUCUCAGGUUUCUACUCCCUACCCCCUGGCGGUGUAGGACAGAUGCCCCCCUCCAUGGGCUGGCAAAGUCAGCCUGUCUAUCCCCUGUCCUCAUGUGGAUUCAGACAGCCCUACUCCUCCAGUCUCCCCAACAGCUCUUCCUACCCCAGGUUCUCUCACUCUCUGAUGCUGGGGCCAGGCAUGCACCCCACGGGGAUCCCCCACCCAGCCAUCAUGCCCCCUUCAGGCAAGCUGGACCAUUACGACAGGAACAUGUACGCUAAGCCUCACCAGGAGCCCAAGCGGGAGAAGGAGCCCAAGAAGCCGGUGAUCAAGAAGCCUCUGAAUGCUUUCAUGCUGUACAUGAAGGAGAUGAGGGCCAAGGUGAUCGCUGAGUGCACACUGAAGGAGAGCGCUGCCAUCAACCAGAUACUGGGCCGAAGGUGGCACGCCCUGACCCGGGAGGAGCAGGCCAAGUACUAUGAGCUGGCCAGGAAGGAGCGGCAGCUACACAUGCAACUCUACCCCAGCUGGUCCGCCAGAGACAACUACGAUGCAGGCCUUAGAGGGUGCGCGGGGGAAAAGAGUAAAGCUGAUUGGGGCAAGAAGAAGAGAAGAAAAAGAGAGAAGCAGCAGGACUCCUCAGCAGACCCUGGCUCUCCUAAGAAAUGCAGAGCUCGCUUCGGCCUCAACCAACAAACGGACUGGUGCGGUCCCUGCAGGAGGAAAAAGAAGUGCAUUCGAUACCUUCAAGGAGGAUGGUGCACCAGCCCCACUUCUUCCGAUGGAAGCGCUAUAGACUCGCCCCUCUCCCCCGUUGACGGCAUCCCCCCUCAGCCUGCUUCCCCCUUGCACCUCCUGCCCAGCAAACACACACCCCUUAUCCUCUCAAAAUCCACGACCACAGAACUGUCUUUCAAAGCUUUAAUAGAAUCAUCCCAACAGCACGACAAUAUCCAUCAUCAUCAUGACUGUACCCUGCCCAAGUCUCACUAGCCAGCAGCCUCACCUGCCCUGUCCCCUCUCACACUGCCUCCCACCAUUCCAACACACAGACACAACCCAAUCAGGACCAGACCUGGAGUGGGAAGCAACACACUGGAGACAGACUUUCACCACAAAUAUCCCCAAACAACAAGGGAGCCAACGAGUCUGGGAGAGGACCAAGGAUGACGUUCACAUCAAUAUGACUGACUUAUUAAGUGCUCAUGUCAUUUUCACAUUGCUGUACUGAAGGCAGUACUGUAUGGUCAGGGAUGACUGCUUCUAUUCAAACUGCCUCAAGUCAAAUUGAUUCCUUUUCCAAAGAUUUUUACAGAGUACUGUGCUCCUCCUUUUCAUAAGACUUACAUUCAGAUGUGUCAAAGGAACCUUUUCCAACAUAUAGUAUUUAUAUUGAUUAACAAUGUGGUAUAAGGUUGAAACUAUAAGGUAGAAAUUAUAUAUUUUUUCGCUGAGUAAACAUGUUAUUGUCUCCCUUUGGAGAGAAUCAUCUCUAUGUUAUAUUCAUUUGUUUUAGGCACUUCCUGCUUGUCAGUUAAAUUCUUGAGAUACAUUAUUUUGAUGUAGGUUUCUCACACAGAAUUACAACAUUCUUGGUGUUUGUUCAUAUGGAUGCAGUUAUAUAACAAAAAAACAAGGCAACAGUAAACAUGUCAUCCCCACGAAUUAUUCAGUGCCCCCCCCCCCCCCCCCAGGUAGUGACAACAAUUAGAAAGUAUUUUCUGUAUAUUCAUUUUUUUUUUAAGUAAUAAUUAUCUUUGGCUGUAUGUAAUGGACCGAGCUUAUAGGUUCUAAUGGGAAACGUGUUGCUCAUAAGGAGAUGCAUAUAUGUAAAAAAUGUUAAAAAGUAAUGACUGUGGCUCAAACGGGACAGGACAUAUGCUUGUUUAAAGUUUGGAAAUUUAGUUGAUUACUAUAGUUGCCCCCUUGGGCCAAUCUGUCAUUUUGUAAAUGCCAGAUCUCUAUGGCAAGACGCAUCAUUCACCCAGGUUCUGUAAAAAUCGAGCAAGUGGUGUCAGAUAGUGGGACUAAUGUACGGAUGUAGACAACACCAGAUAGAUUUCAUCAAGGGGGACAGUACAUUCAGCAGUCUCUGGACUGCCUCACACUGAAUGAACGUUCUGCUAUUCUGUAAACUAAAGACCAAAUGGGUACCAUAUUUCAUUGUGUUGUAAAGUUUUAUAAAUGUUGAAUUCCCUCUAUAAAUAAACUUUAAUAUGUUAUGUAAAGGGUUUUUAAAAGUUCUGUUUAGUCUCUCAACCAUUUCUGAAGCAAUACAUGUUUUUUUUUAACGUUUUCCUUCUCAGAGAAAACGCAUUUUGUGGAUAAGUUUUGCAUUAGCUUUGCCUUUCAUUGAAGUUACCACAGAUGUCAUUUUCAGUGUGUGCAUGUUCCACCUAAGUGUACCAAAAAUACAUGUGAAAAAACAAUGGUUAAUUUACUGCUUGCAAGCAUUAAACUGCUUCCAUUGGAGAUACUAUAGGCUGAUAGUCCAUAAGAUGCUAAAGCUACCACACAGCUCAUAUCAAAAAAUGACCACACGAAAACGUUGUGUACUAAACAGUCCACCUUUUCUAUUUUUAACACAUUGAACGACUUCUGCUCUCGAUGUAAUACUCAUUUUUGUUUUGUGUAUUAAAGUAUUUUGAAAAUCUG